CCUCCAUCAGCUGAUGACGGUAAAUAAUGUCAAAGCUGAGCCUGGCAGGAAGUGUGUGUUGUGUCUAGCUGGAACAUGAGGAGAAGUCGUCUUUUACACGGUUAUCGGAGCCAAAAACAAAGCCUUUGACGAAAAAACACAGAGAUGGACAGUCACAGAGCAGGUCGACCAUGGGGGAAGCUUGUUAAAGUGGACUCUAAUGAAUCUGAAGUGCUGCUUUUCAACAGGGAAUGCACAAUUGGCAGAAAAAAAGGAUGUGAUUUAUCAUUUCCUGCCAACAAGCUGGUCUCAGGGGAGCACUGUAAGAUUGUGCAAGAUGAAAGCUCAGGGUUGGUGUGGCUUGAAGACAUGAGCACUAAUGGCACUGUGAUCAAUAUGUCCAAACUGGUCAAGAAGCAAACUCACAUGCUACAAAAUGGUGAUGUCAUCUACUUUGUAUACAGGAAGAGUGAACCAGAACAAAACAUUGCCUACGUUUUCCACUCUAUUAACUCAGAGCAAGUUGAUUCACGUAGUAGUUAUGACAUAUCAGCCCACAUUCCUGUUCCUAUCCCACCUUCUGACAUGGUUCUCUCUGUGGAGCCUGUAAUGCUCACAGCAGCUCCUCGGGAUCUGACUCAGGAGGAACCUCAGCCCUCCACCUCCACCUCCCACUUCUGUGUCAGGAACCCAACCACAUCUAUGCCCACGGGAGCCACAGAAUUUCAUGCCUCUGGCCAAGCUAAAGAUGCUAAAGUGCCACAAGAAAACAAGGUGGAAAACCUAGAGCCAGAAAGCAAGAGAAGGAAAACUGAAGAUGAUAAAGACUAUGAUUUGGGCUUGCCUCACACAUCUCAUGCAGAAGUGGCUGUACCAACUAAGGGAAACCUUGGGAGUGUUUUGCCUAAACCUCCUGCAGAUAGGACAAAGACGGAUAAGAUGGAGGAGUCUCUGACUUGUAUCAUUUGCCAGGACCUGCUGCAUGACUGCGUCAGCUUGCAGCCUUGCAUGCACACCUUCUGUGCUGCCUGCUACUCAGGCUGGAUGGAGCGUUCGUCUCUUUGCCCCACCUGUCGAUGCCCUGUGGAGAGGAUCCGUAAGAACCACAUACUCAACAACCUGGUGGAAGCGUACCUCAUCCAGCACCCAGAAAAGUGUCGCAGUGAAGAGGACUUGAAGAGCAUGGACAGUCGUAACAAGAUAACUCAGGACAUGUUGCAGCCAAAAGUGGAGCGCUCUUUCUCUGAUGAGGAAGGCAGUUCAGAUUACCUCUUUGAGCUGUCUGACAAUGACAGUGACUCAUCAGACAUUAGUCAGCCUCUAGUGAUGUGCAGACAGUGUCCUGGCUACAAGAGGGAUGUCAGUCAGAUGCUUUUUCCCACUGGAUCAAACUACUGGGUUCCUGGUCUGCCAGUCCCUCUACCGUCACCCCUCCCACCCAGACCGGCAGCGGAGGAAGGGUCUGCAAAACCUAGUGGGGAGCAGCCCUCUACAUCUGCAGACAUCCCCUCAGCUGCUCAGGAAUACUGCUGCCCGCCUCAAGGCUGCCACCUGAUCUGUACCUGCUGCCUCCAGCCGAUGCCAGACAGACGGACUGAGCUAAACAGCCAGGGGACUAUUGCUCAGCAGUGUGUGCUUUGUCAGCGGCCCUUCUGUCACAUGUACUGGGGCUGCCAGAGGAUUGGCUGUCAAGGCUGCCUGGCCCGAUUCAGUGAUCUCAAUCUAACAGACAAGUGUCUAGAUGGUGUGCUAAACAACAAUAACUAUGAAUCAGAGAUCCUUCAGAACUACCUGUCCAUCAGAGGGAAGUCAUGGAAAGAUCUACUGCAGGAAUCGCUUCAGGGCAUAGAGCAGGGGCAUUACUACCUGACAGAUUGUCGGAUCUCUGCAAACACCAUCCUGUGCUUCUGCUGUGGCCUGCGAGCAUUCAAAGAACUGGCUUACAAAUACAGACAGAACAUCACUCCGUCUGAAUUACCAGCCGCUGUAACAUCUCGCCCUGACUGUUACUGGGGUUGCAACUGUCGUACGCAAGUGAAGGCUCAUCACGCCAUGAAAUUUAACCACAUAUGUGAACAGACACGUUUCAAGAGCUGAAGGAGCAGAGCGGGUUGUGUCUUCAUCUGCAAACUGUUGACACCUGAACAUCUCUUGCAUUAGAGAUACAGAGUUGUUGAGUGUGGUUAUGUCCAUUGGAUUUAACUGCCUUCCAGAUGAUAUGCAAUAACCUCAUGCAGAAAUUACAAUCAGAAUCCAUUUACAAUACUGACCGGUGUUUUGCUAGACACGGGGUGGUGUGAGAUAACUCUAUGCAGACUUAUGUUAAAAGUGUAACAUUUAGGUUUAAUUCAGGCUUGAGCUGCUCUGUUUCGGUUGUUUCAACUGGUAAAGUAACACCAGUCAACUUUUAAGAGUCUAUCUCAUAAAUGUAUCCAGUCACAGGUAAUCAACCACUAUUUCUUAGAGUGAUUUAUUUGUGUGGAUUGUGAAGUAGUUAUAAUAUGUCUUGUUUUUCCUCUCAAAUUAAGAGCGAGUGAGUCAAUCUGUAUGGAUUAAGGCCAUAUACAGUUAUGUAUGCUUACAAAUAGUAUGUGUUAGAUUAUACUUUCCUUCCGCCUUGUUAAUAGAGGCUUAAAAGAGCUGAUGUAUAUUGCAGCUCGUUCUUACAGUCUUACAAUAUGACGAGUUUGUGUCAGCGCCUUCCUACAACAACCAAAUCAGAUUUGUUGAGUUCUUGAAUAAUAAGAGUAGUGUUAUCGUAAUAGCAAUACUCACGAUAAACAAGCUGCUUCCAAUAUAUCUUUUUUUUUUUUUUUUUUUUUUAAUAUUUUGAGCUACAAAGGUACUCCACCUCCAGAGUAAUUUAAUCAAAUACUCCAUCUUGCAACAUAUGAGUAAAAAUUAUGCAUUUCUUUCCAAAUGUGCUGGGUUUGUCCUCGGCCCGUGCCCAACCCAUUCACCAAGUUUCCUGAAAAUCUGUACACUAGUUUUUGUGUAAUACUGCUGACAGACAGAUAAACUCACAGGAAUAAGUAUAGAUGUGUCACCUCUUAAAGAUUUCUCUCGUUUUGCCAGGGCAUUACUUUGUUCCCAGGCAAGGGCAAAAAGCCAUGUCAAAGCCCCUCAUACAUACUGUGGUAGAUUGGUAAUCCCAUGUGAUGUUUGCAUAGGAUUUCAUUUCUGUGGGAAGGGGAUCAAUGUGUUGUAACGCUGUCAGAGGGCACAGGGGCCUCUGUUGUAUGCUUUGCUCUGGAUAAUCAUCUCCAAGGUGAUUAAAGUAGCGUAAAGGGGACACUUUUCUCAGAAACUAGUAGUAAGGUCUUAGCUGUGACGGAAAGCACAGCGAUUCUGUGUAAACUCUAAAGAGAGGGAAUAGUACAUUGCACUCCGAGCAUCCAGUAUUGGCUGCUGAAGUUGAUAGAUUGAUAAAUGAAUAGAUCGCCCUGAUUAAGUUUUUCAUACGUAGUGAUUUGCAGGCCACGCUUACAGAUCAAUAGUUGAAGUAAUUUGCCAAUACACAUAGCAGUAUGUUCUUGUCAUGAAUUGACAUCUAUGCUUAGCAUUCUCAAUAAUUUUUUGUAAAUUUUGCAAUUAUUUUUGACUUAUGUUUAGUUUAUUUGUUCAUAAAUACUAUUCUCAGAAAUACUAUUUAAUAGGUGUAUUUAGAUUUAGAAUUAAAAUGAUUAUUAUACGUCUUCUCUGGUUCCUCAGGUACACGAAGCUGCUGUUUUGAUUGAAUCACAGGUUAGAGAAGUGCUGUUAAAGCCUGUAAAAGCGGUCACUGAACAGUCAUACCGAAUCUGAUCAAGUCUUUUAUCUUUAUGACUAUCAUCACCCAAGUGUCAAUAAGUCCGCCUCCCCAUCACGCAACCAUGCACGACUGACAAAUCAUUUUUCAGCCUUGUUAAAAUGCUCAAAUACUAGUUUUGAGAGGCCUUAUAUACCUACAUGUAUAUGGCAAAUAUGCAAAUUGAUAAAAAGUCUUAGUAUUGUGUUGUAGAAUCACUAUGUUUAGGGUGCAGAAAAUACUGAUGAGUCAUGUAAUGAUGGGAAGAAAAUGCAAAAAAA